AUGUCGUCCAAGCUCUUCCAGCCUGUUAAAGUGGGCAAUUUGACCCUCAGCCACCGGAUCGUCAUGGCUCCCUUGACACGAUACAGAGCCACCCAGAAGACCCGUGUCCCACAUGUCUCCGUGGUAAAGGAAUAUUACUCCCAGCGUGCAAGCGAUCCCGGAACGCUCCUUAUCUCAGAGGCAGUAUGGAUUGCGCAGAAGGCUGUCGGGAGAGACUACAAUCCCGGUGUUUGGAGUCGAGAACAACUUGAUGCAUGGAAAGAGAUAACAGACGCUGUUCACGCCAAAGGAAGCUUCAUCUUCUGUCAAAUCUGGUCUCUCGGUCGCGCCGCAGAUAUUACCUCCCUCCGAGAGGAGAAUCCGCCACUUCCGUAUACUGCGCCAUCGCCCAUAAGACUUACAGGGAAGGAGGAGACCCCAAGAGAACUUACAGCCGAGGAAAUCCGGGAAUAUGUACGAAUGUAUGCCGAGGGCGCGUCUAAGGCUGUGUACGAGGGCGGAUUUGACGGCGUAGAGAUCCACGGUGCGAAUGGGUACCAGAUUGACCAGUUCAUACAGGAUGUAUCCAACCAGAGGACAGACGAGUACGGGGGUAGCAUCGAGAACAGGGUCAGGUUCGCCCUACAGGUAAUAGAUGCCGUGGUGGAAGUCGUAGGAGCAGAGCGGACUGGCUUCCGAGUCAGCCCCUGGGCCCCCAAUAUCGUUUCCUACGUCUAUCCAGACAUGGGCAUGGAAGACCCGGUCCCGACGUUCUCUCAUUUGAUUUUGAAGAUCAGAGAAAGGCAUCCUAACUUGGCGUACAUCCACGUUGUUGAGCCUAGAAUCAGUGGUCCGUUCACUCGGGACGAGGUGCCGCCAGGCGAAUCAAAUGAUUUCAUCCGAGAGAUAUGGGCUCCCAGGCCGCUUAUUUCAGCAGGGGCGUAUACGAGGGAAAGCGCUAUGGAGACGGCAGAUACGAAAGGUGAUAUCAUUGCCUUCGGCCGAUACUUUAUUUCGAACCCGGAUAUCACUUUAAGGUUGAAGCACAGAAUCCCUUUAUCUCCCUACGACCGGCCUACUUUUUACAUCAGGGGAGACACCAGUGGAAAGGGUUACACUGACUAUGCAGUUGCCGUCGCACAAUAGUGUAUUUCUUAGUGUAUCUGAGCACAUAUUGCUAACAAUACCAAAUACCGUCAUCAAUGCACUAACUGAUCAGACCGUCCGUAGGCUACAAAAGAGCAUUUUCGCAAUAAAUAUUAAGUGUACAUCGAUACCUACAGCUAGCUUACGUGUUAACUCUCAAAAAUUGUUUCAGUUUUAAAUAACUAGCUUUGAGAAUCAACUCUUCGAACAAUGAGGAUCAAAUCUUAAUGAUAUAGAUUCCGAGUGUCAGUGUCAGCAAAAAAAGAAUCACCCAAAGCAACUGCAUUAAGGGGGAAUCGAACCCCCGGCGGGUCGACAUAAACAUGGCAACGACCCAGGUUACCACUACCCCAUUAAUGCCGACGAAAUGUUCUGAAUUGUUGCAUAUAAUAAUAGGUCAAUGUCAAUGAUGGAUGUACCAACAUCUCCUCAAUCUAUGCAUCGCGCACAAUACACGAGU